AUGGAGCGAGCAUAUGUGCGCUCGACUUUAGAAGUGCUGAGUCAGUUCCAUGUCACCGAAGCAGCCGGGCUGUCGUCUGCACAAGUCGUCGAGUCAAGAAAAAAAUAUGGAAACAACUCCCUCCCAGAAGACCCUCCUACACCUCUAUGGCAACUCGUUCUCGAGCAAUUCAAAGACCAGUUAGUUCUCAUACUGUUGGGCUCAGCCGCCAUAUCUUUCGUCCUAGCCCUGUUUGAAGAGUCGGACGACUGGACUGCGUUUGUCGAUCCCGUGGUGAUCUUGACAAUCCUCAUUCUGAAUGCGAUCGUCGGUGUAACGCAAGAAAGCAGUGCUGAACAGGCCAUCGCUGCCUUGCAAGAGUAUUCCGCGAACGAAGCCAAGGUGAUCCGGGAUGGACACGUCCAGAAGGUCAAGGCAGACGAGCUUGUACCGGGAGACAUUGUUACUGUCGCCAUUGGAGAUCGGAUACCGGCCGACUGUCGAUUGUUGUCCAUUCAGAGCAACAGUUUUGCAGUCGAUCAGGCUAUUUUGACGGGCGAAAGCGAAAGUGUGAGCAAGGAGUGCAAAGCCAUAGACGAUGUGCAGGCUGUCAAACAAGAUCAGGUCAACAUGCUCUUCUCUGGCACAACAGUGGUGACAGGACACGCUACAGCAAUCGUGGUUCUAACGGGUAGUUCUACUGCUAUUGGCGACAUCCACGAGAGCAUUACUUCGCAAAUUUCGGAGCCUACCCCCCUCAAGGAGAAGCUCAACGAUUUUGGCGACACCCUGGCCAAAGUCAUUACAGUAAUUUGUAUUUUGGUCUGGCUGAUUAACAUCCAACAUUUCAAUGAUCCCUCGCACGGUGGAAGUUGGGCCAAGGGUGCCAUCUACUACCUGAAAAUCGCCGUUUCCCUGGGGGUUGCUGCAAUUCCAGAAGGUCUCGCUGUGGUCAUUACGACAUGUCUUGCCUUGGGAACGAGGAAAAUGGCCGCCAAGAAUGCCAUCGUCAGGAGUUUACCCUCUGUGGAGACCCUGGGUAGUUGCAGUGUUAUAUGCUCUGACAAAACCGGCACUCUCACGACUAACCAGAUGAGCGUCGAGAAAAUUGUGUAUCUCAGCGAGUCUGGUGAUGACCUGGAGGAGAUCGAAGUCACAGGAACCACGUUCGCCCCGACGGGAGACCUCAUCCGCAAUGGCAAGAAGCUUCAGAAUCCCGCGGCAACUUCAGACACUAUAAAGCAGAUGUCAGAAGUCCUGGCGCUAUGCAACGAGGCGCAUUUGUCCUAUGACGUGAAGAACGACACCUAUGCAAGCAUUGGAGAACCUACCGAGGGAGCUCUCCGUGUGUUGGUUGAAAAGAUUGGCACCGAUGAUGCUACGAUGAACAAGACUCGAGAGGGUCUUGCUGGCGCUGAGCGAGUAGACUUUGCCAGUAAGUAUUAUGGAGAAAGACUUCCUCUGCAGGCAAUGUAUGAGUUCUCGAGGGAUCGGAAGAGCAUGUCCGUCCUAGUUGGUACCGGUCAAGCCCAAAAGCUCCUUGUUAAAGGUGCGCCCGAAUCGAUCAUCGAACGGUGCUCUCACAUCAUUCUCGGGUCAAAUGGGAAGAAAGCUCCGAUCAACAAGCGGCAUCAGGCACUCCUUACUCAGGAGCUCGUUGAAUAUGGACGGCAUGGCCUCCGCGUACUCGCGCUGGCCAGCGUGGAAAAUGUCAGCAGCAAUGAGCUCCUGCACACCGCAAAGAGCAACCAAGCGUAUGCUGAGCUGGAGCAAAACAUGACCUUGAUUGGACUUGUUGGCAUGCUCGAUCCACCUCGCCCGGAAGUGGCCAGGUCGAUCAUGAAGUGCAGAGAAGCAGGAAUCCGGGUGAUCGUGAUAACGGGUGACAAUCAGAACACUGCAGAGACAAUCUGCAAACAGAUUGGAGUAUUUCACCAGGACGAAGAUCUCACCGGCAAAAGCUUCACCGGCCGACAAUUCGACUCGCUCACAGAAAGCGAAAAGCUCGAAGCUGCAAAGACGGCAUCUCUGUUCUCUCGCGUCGAACCCACUCACAAAUCUAAACUUGUUGAUCUCCUGCAGGAAGCCGGCGAAGUAGUGGCCAUGACAGGCGACGGCGUGAAUGACGCCCCAGCGUUGAAGAAAUCUGACAUUGGGGUCGCCAUGGGAACGGGCACCGACGUCGCCAAAUUGGCUGCCGACAUGGUCCUUGCGGAUGACAACUUUGCCACGAUCGAAAUCGCCAUUGAAGAAGGCCGCACUAUUUACAGCAACACCCAGCAAUUCAUCCGAUACCUCAUCUCGUCCAACAUCGGCGAGGUGGUCUCGAUUUUCCUGACUGCCGCCCUGGGGUUGCCGGAAGCCUUGAUCCCGGUGCAACUUCUCUGGGUGAAUUUGGUCACGGAUGGUCUUCCGGCAACGGCCCUCUCAUUCAAUCCGGCCGACCACGACGUGAUGCGGCGGACCCCGCGGAAACGCGACGAGCCCCUCGUUUCUGGGUGGUUGUUCUUUCGAUACAUGGUUAUCGGCACCUAUGUCGGCGCUGCCACUGUGUUUGGCUAUGUCUGGUGGUUCAUGCUCUACCCUUCCGGGCCGCAGGUCAGCUUCACACAACUUCGAAGCUUCCACAAAUGCUCACCGACCAAUGCUGUCUUCAAGAACGUCGACUGCGCGGUUUUCUCGCCCUCGUCGGUACCGACACGCGCCGCGUCGACUGUGUCCUUGUCCAUCUUAGUUGUGAUCGAGAUGUUCAAUGCCAUGAAUGCCCUCAGCUCCUCGGAAAGCUUACUUCAGCUCCCGCUUUGGAAAAAUAUGAAGCUCAUCUACGCCAUUUGCCUCUCCAUGCUUCUACACUUUCUCAUUCUCUAUACACCCAUUUUGCAAGGUGUCUUCUCCAUUGAAGCCCUGGGUUGGGACGAGUGGAUGGCCGUAUUGUGCAUCUCGGCCCCAGUCAUCCUCAUAGACGAGAUCCUGAAGGCGAUCGAGAGGGCCGUCUACGUGAAUUGCAAGGCAGAGCGGAGGAGACGGGCCAGCAUUUCGGCUGGAAGUGGAAGCGGUCUGAAAGGGGAAGGGAACGGGUUUGUGGCAAACGGCAAGAUCAAGGCGAAUUGA